UCCCACAGCCGAGAGCCAAGAAGAUUACCCGCGCGAGGAAGGUGAGAGAGAGAAGGCAGGAGAGGGAAAAGAAGACGCUACUUCUGACUAGUAGAAGUAGGCGACUUUGCGUCUGAAACAUUAGGGAAAAAGAAUACCGCACUGGCUGCUGAAUCAUAGACUAACAUGUCAGCAUAUGAAUGAAACCAGAACUAUGAAAGCGCGUGGGCAUUUGAGUUUUACCUUUCAUAGAGAGACCAAUAGGUGACUGACUGAUUGUAUAGGAUUACAAUAGUCGCACCCAGACUAUUAUAGUUCUUAGGCAGAAAAGGGGGACCGUCCGAAAAUCAUGGAGUAUAGAGUAGAAAUAAAAAUUAGCUAGCGUUAAAAGAUUAAAGAAGACUGCAAAAAAGAAAUUGCCCGGAGCAUCUGGAACCUGUUAAAUAAUGGAUUUUAGCUCUAUUCGCAAGUUGAUCACCAGAUGGUGUGCUGGAGAGGAGAACUGGGUGGACACCAGGACGGUGUACAUCGGAAACAAGGAGCCCCCACCGGGAGCAGAGGCCUACAUUCCCCAGAGGUACCCCGACAACCGCAUCAUCUCCUCCAAGUACACCUUCUGGAAUUUUGUUCCGAAGAAUUUGUUUGAGCAGUUUAGAAGAAUUGCCAAUUUCUACUUCCUCAUCAUAUUUCUUGUCCAGUUGAUAAUUGACACUCCCACCAGUCCCAUCACCAGCGGACUACCUCUCUUCUUUGUCAUCACUGUCACGGCCAUCAAACAGGGCUAUGAGGACUGGCUCAGGCACAAAGCAGACAAUGCUAUUAACCAGUGUCCUGUGCACGAGGUGCAGCAUGGGAAGGUGAUCAGGAAACAGAGUCGUAAGCUGAGGGUGGGUGAUGUGGUGCUGAUCAAGGAAGAUGAGACGUUCCCCUGUGACCUCAUCCUUCUCUCCACCAGUAGGGAGGACGGGACCUGUUUUGUCACUACAGCCAGUCUGGAUGGGGAGUCCAGUCACAAGACCUACUAUGCUGUGCAGGACACUAAGGCCUUCAUCACAGAGGAAGAUUUCGAUACUCUACAGGCUUCUAUUGAAUGUGAACAACCACAACCAGACCUCUACAAAUUCGUGGGCCGAAUCAAUAUUUAUUCGGACAGAAACGAGCCCAUCGCGAGGCCUUUAGGAUCUGAGAACCUACUUCUCAGAGGGGCGACACUGAAAAACACACAGCACAUAUAUGCUGUUGCCAUCUACACUGGUAUGGAGACCAAGAUGGCGCUCAACUACCAGUCCAAGUCCCAGAAACGCUCUGCAGUGGAGAAGUCAAUGAAUGCGUAUCUGAUAGUGUACCUGUGCAUCCUGAUCAGCAAGGCUCUGAUCAACACAGUGCUGAAGUAUGUGUGGCAGGCUGACCCGGACAAAGACGAGCCCUUCUACAACCAGAAGACUGACACAGAGAGGCAACGCCAUAUAUUGAUCCGGGCGUUCACAGACUUCCUGGCCUUCAUGGUGUUGUUUAAUUACAUCAUCCCCGUGUCCAUGUACGUUACCGUGGAGAUGCAGAAGUUCCUGGGGUCCUACUUCAUCAUGUGGGAUGAUGAGAUGUUUGACGAGGAACUGGGAGAGAGGGCUCAGGUUAACACAUCUGACCUCAAUGAAGAACUGGGACAGGUGGAGUACGUGUUUACAGACAAGACAGGCACCCUGACAGAGAACAACAUGGAGUUUAUAGAGUGCUGUGUGGACGGCUAUGUUUACGUCCCUGAUGCCAUCUGUAAUGGACAGGUCAUGCCAGGGUCAACCAGCAUGGACAUGAUCGACUCCUCACCUGGACCAGGGGGCAGGGAGUCUGAGGAGUUGUUCUUCCGGGCGUUGUGUCUGUGCCACACGGUACAGGUGAAGGAGGAGGAGACAGUGGAUGGCAUCAAGAUGGGUAUCCACCAGAACAAGGCCACCUCCUUCUACAUAUCAUCCUCUCCUGACGAGGUGGCACUGGUGGAGGGCAUGAAGAGGCUUGGCUUCACCUAUCUGCGGCUGAAGGACAGUCACAUGGAGAUUCUUAAUAGGGAGGAUGAGGUCGAGAGGUUUGAGCUGCUGGAGGUAUUGACCUUUGACUCUGUGAGAAGGAGAAUGAGUGUUAUCGUCAGGUCCACCACAGGGGAGUACUACCUGUUCUGUAAAGGGGCCGACUCCUCCAUCUUCCCCAGGGUGAUCUCUGGCAAGGUGGAGCAGGUCAAAGCCAGAGUGGAGCACAACGCUGUGGAGGGCCUACGGACACUGUGCGUGGCGUACAGAAAGUUGAGCGUGGCUCAGUAUGAGGAGACGUGUCACCUGCUGAACAGCGCCAAGCUGGCCCUGCAGGACCGAGACAGGAAGCUGGCCGAGGCCUAUGACCUCAUUGAGAAGGACUUCGUACUGCUGGGGGCCACCGCCGUGGAGGACAGGCUCCAGGACAAGGCAGCAGACACCAUCGAGUCUCUCCAGAAGGCUGGGAUGAAGGUGUGGGUGCUGACCGGAGACAAGAUGGAGACGGCGGCGGCUACUUGUUACGCUAGCAAGCUGUUCCGCCGCUCCACACAGAUACUGGAGCUGACCACCAAACGCACCGAGGAACAGAGUCUACAUGACGUUCUGUUUGACCUGAGUAAAACUGUACUCAGGCAGCAUAGUAGCAUGACCAGAGACACCUUCUCAGGUCUGUCUGCUGACUGUGUGGACUACGGUCUGAUCAUCGACGGGGCCACGCUGUCUGCGGUGCUGAAGCCCAGUCAGGAGGACUCCAGUCAGGGGAACUACAAGGAGAUCUUCCUGGAGAUCUGUAGGAACUGCAGCGCUGUGCUCUGCUGCCGCAUGGCUCCCCUCCAGAAAGCACAGAUUGUGAAGCUGAUCAAAUCAUCUCCAGAACACCCCAUCACGCUAGCCAUUGGAGAUGGGGCUAAUGAUGUUAGCAUGAUCCUGGAGGCUCACGUGGGGAUCGGCAUCAUGGGUAAAGAGGGUCGCCAGGCAGCGCGGAACAGCGACUAUGCCAUCCCGAAGUUCAAACACCUGAAGAAGAUGCUGCUGGUUCACGGACACUACUACUACAUCCGCAUCUCAGAGCUUGUCCAGUACUUCUUCUACAAAAAUGUCGCCUUCAUCUUCCCUCAGUUCCUCUACCAGUUCUUCUGUGGCUUCUCCCAACAGCCGCUGUAUGACACAGCCUAUCUGACACUGUACAAUAUCAGCUUUACCUCUCUACCCAUCCUGCUCUUCAGCCUCAUCGAGCAGCACAUCAACAUGGACAUCCUCAAGAAAGACCCCUCCCUCUACAGGGACAUAGCUAAGAACUCUCUCCUGCGUUGGCCCAUUUUCAUCUACUGGACCUUCCUGGGGGUGUUCGACGCCAUCGUCUUCUUCUUUGGUUCUUACUUCCUGUUCAACAACAGCACCUUCACCAGCAACGGACAGCUAAUGACAACCAACACACAGAUGAUGUUUGGUAACUGGACGUUUGGGACUCUGGUCUUCACUGUGCUGGUGUUCACAGUCACCUUAAAGCUCGCCCUGGACACACACUACUGGACGUGGAUCAACCACUUUGUCAUCUGGGGCUCGCUGCUUUUCUUCGUCAUCUUCUCUCUGCUUUGGGGAGGCAUCAUUUGGCCCUUCCUGAACUACCAGAGGAUGUACUAUGUGUUUAUUCAGAUGUUGUCCAGCGGUCCGGCCUGGCUCAGCAUCAUCCUGCUCAUCGUCAUCAGUUUGCUGCCUGACGUGGUCAAGAAGGUCGUCUGCAGGGCCCUGUGGCCCACCACCACAGAACGCAUCCAGAAUGCAGACAAGCUGUAUAACGGCCAGCUAUCGGAGUUCACCCCGCUGGCAUCUCUCCACGCGCCCACGCGCAGGAGGGCCGACCACCAGAACCCCAUUCCCAGAAGGUCUGAACCCUUCACCAAAAAACUAAUGUUCACCCACUGGAGGGGCGGGCCCGACUACUGCACUUUCACCCCACUCCUCCGAUUCGCCGGCAACUCCCGUCACUCUGGGGCUGGCUAUGCCCACAAUGGGGCAGGGCCUGAGACCUCGGUGUAGUCUAGAGUGGAGUUUAGUCUGAUUUAGACUGGAAGUCUAGACCAAGAUUUCAGUGUUGAGCAAUUGACCACUGGAACAAUCUGUCCUCUAGACAAUAGAUACCUAAUCUAGACGCGUACAGUUACCAAUGUCAUUGUGAAAAGCAAACAAACACCAAAUACACACAGAAGGACGAUCCACAUGAUCCACAGUCCUACGGCUGUGUUGUGUUAGCACAAGGAGCUGAGUGAACUGAACAGACUUGGCUCCAGGCAAGCAGUGCCUGUGGAUUGGUGGAAAGGGCCUUGGCUCCACACAUUAAUGUCUACUGUGGGUCCGAACCCUCAGACCCACCCUGCAGUGUGUGUGUGUGUGUGUGUGUGUGUGUGUGUGUGUGUGUGUGUCACUCCCCCGUAUCUGUCUGUCAACUGUCUGUCAGUGAUGAUGUCAUUUAAAGUGUUUGUCAUGAAGGAUGUCACUCCCCCGUAUCUCCCUGCCGACUGUCAACUGUCUGUCAGUGAUGAUGUCAUUUAAAGUGUUUGUCAUGAAGGAUGUCACUCCCCCGUAUCUCCCUGCUGACUGUCAACUGUCUGUCAGUGAUGAUGUCAUUUGAAGUGUCAUAAAGCAGGGAUGCCCAGUAUGAAUGGAAGAUGUAAAGGGGUAUUGCAUGUGCUUUAACUGACCACACUUUCCUGUUUUUCUUUUGUCUUGUCUUUUCCUCUCUUCCUCUCUCUUUCUGUCCUGCUUUCUAUAGAACAAACUGGUGUUGCCUCUGUGCAUAUCUCUUAUCCAGGAACACGCCAUAAGACACUAGUCUUUUCCAGUUCAGUUGUAAGUGGCUAGGAUGUGAUAGUGGUUUAUCUCUACUGGACUAGAGACAGUUCUGUGUGUGUAGUAUCCCGUGUCAUAGACUGUCCUUGUGUCUACUGUGGAGUGAUGUGAUUAUACCUCCAUUCCCCCUUGUAACCGUCCCAUUUCCUGACAUGGAAGCUGAGGCAUCCUGCCUCACGUAGUGCUAAGGACCCACAGUGGGAAACCAGUAUGCAUGGGAAUCCUUUUCCGCCUUAACAUCUACACAGUGUUUCCUUUGAAAUACACAGUAGUCUGGAACCAAAGGCUCAGAAAAUACUUUUUCAAUGGCUUGCCUUGCUGGUUAUUGCCUUACACUGAGACUGGGUGGGACAGAGGAAGAGAAAUUCUGCCUUACACCACACCAGGAUUGGUGGACAGUAUUAGAUAGGAGAGAGAACCUACUUUGUUUCUGGGCUUUAACAUUGUCCAUGUAGAUAUCUAACAUCUCUCACACUCAGAUCUGAAAGCCUUUAAAGAGCAGUGGAUCUCUGUUACAGAAAUACAACAUGUAGAAUGUAGACAUUAUGCUCAGCUGCUUUGCUCUGUCCCUUGGCAUAAAUAAUAUAGAACAUACCCAUAGAAGUCUCACACGAUGCGUGAGAGCCUCAUGAAGGUGUUAUAAGUGUGUUAUAAUUCUAUCACAAGAGUCUGUAAGGGGUCUUAACAUCUCAUCUGUCAAUGUGUGCUCUCUCCCUCCCUCAGAUCCUCUCUGAUGCUUUUAUGUUUCAUUUUCUUUCUUCAUGUGUUUUUUUUACCUCUACCAUUUCUCCACUUGUUCCUUUUGAAGUGAUGCUCGUGUGGAUCUGUCCUCUCGAGCCUCACUACAUCUCCUCCUCCUCACUGCCGCCUCCUCUCAUCCUCCACUCCUCCUCUCAUCCAUUCAUCCAUUCACUCCUUCAUCCGGUCAUGCAUCCCUCCAUCCGUCUCCUAAGAACACAGUCUGUGUGGUGGGUGUAAGGAGAGAGAGAACGAGAAAGGGAGAUGGAGGGGGGACUGUACCAAAACCAAGGUUUUUCUAGACACAUUUAGCUGCUUGACAGUAGAUGUCUUGUGGUCCUGUUGUGCAUUGUGGGAUCAGUUCAAACCAAGAGGAACAAAAGUAUAUUGAUGGCCCAUAUAUAGAAAGGGAUGUUGUAAUGUGUGUGUGUGUGUGUGUGUGUGUGUGUGUGUGUGUGUGUGUGUGUGUGUGUGUGUGUGUGUGUGUGUGUGUGUGUGUGUGUGUGUGUGUGUGUGUGUGUGUGUGUGUGUGUGUGUGUGCAGAUAUCUGUUUCAUUGAAAGCAGCAAUGAUAUUUAAGAUGGUCGUCUGUUAUUAGGUGGUAUUAUGAAUCUUCACUGAAAUGUAAAGACACUAAACAUUACACCACAGUCAGAACUAUAACACUGGACAUUACACCACAGUCAGAACUAUAACACUGGACAUUACACCACAGUCAGAACUAUAACACUGGACAUUACACCACAGUCAGAACUAUAACACUGGACAUUACACCACAGUCAGAACUAUAACACUGGACAUUACACCACAGUCAGAACUAUAACACUGGACAUUACACCACAGUCAGAACUAUAACACUGGACAUUACACCACAGUCAGAACUAUAACACUGGACAUUACACCACAGUCAGAACUAUAACACUGGACAUUACACCACAGUCAGAACUAUAACACUGGACAUUACACCACAGUCAGAACUAUAACACUGGACAUUACACCACAGUCAGAACUAUAACACUGGACAUUACACCACAGUCAGAACUAUAACACUGGACAUUACACCACAGUCAGAACUAUAACACUGGACAUUACACCACAGUCAUGACUAUAACACUCGACAUUACACCACAGUCAGAACUAUAACACUGGACAUUACACCACAGUCAGGACUAUAACACUGGACAUUACACCACAGUCAGGACUAUAACACUGGACAUUGCUAUGACAAGGUUUACAAAUAAUGAAUGAAUGAUUCAUGAAUGAAUGAUUACAAUGGAUGACUAAAUGAUGAGUGACCGGCUGUAAGGAAGUGGAUGACUCCAAAAAUGGUGAGAACUAGUGUUUUUAUCAGCACUUCUGUGGUCAUCUGUUAAUUAGUUAGAGGAUGAAUGAGACUGGUACUUAGACAGUCGUUUAGGGUUGUUUAUAAUGUUAACUGACUUGUUUGCAUGCUCUGCCUCUGUCAUACCAUUGGAUGUAAUGAGCUUCUCUGUGAGUUUAUGAAUCAAACAAGCAUAACUUCUCUUUCUCUGACGGUUCAACACUCUCAAACUGAAAUAUGACUUCUCUCUCUCUUAAUUGCUUUGAGGUCUAGUCCAGUCGAAACCUAUUCCAUAAAAGCUUGAAAACUUGAAGCAAACUACGCUAUUAUAAGUUGACUGUGUUGUCUAGAAUUGAUUGUAUUGAGAUUCUUUGUUUGAUAUUCUGUGUAGCAUUUUGUCUCUGUUAGGUUUCCUGUUUGAAAAGGCCUUAGAGCUCAACUCAAUAAUCAGUUGGUUUGGAGGAAAAUGUUGGUUUUGUGAGCAACAAACACUCAGAAAGAUGGAGAAAGAGAGAGUAUGUGCGUUUGACUGUUUUAGUCCUGUAGGUGUUGCUGGCUAUGCUUCAGAAUAUUGAAUGUAUAUGAAGCCUACUCCUUAAAGCCUGUCAUUAUGACAGAUAUCUGUGUUUUAGGAUCUUAGUAAUAUCAGCAAACAAGGAUGGAUGCUAUUGAACAAAACUCCCAUGUGUUCAACUGUGAGCUGGCUUGUUGCUGUUAGAAUUAUGUUGGACAAACCACUGCAGUACAUCAGAACGUUUCCAUGAUCCAGAACGGAAAUUAUCACCAAAUACUGACACGUAGUAAGAAUGUAGUGUUUUUCAGGCAGCGACCCUGUUCUGAUCAGAAUUAUCUCAUUUAGGUAUUUUUGUAUAUCUUAGAAAAAUCCUGUUUUGUAACUUUUUUUUUCCAACGGUAAACAGCCUGAGUGAACUAUCUUAAUUUAGCCACCAUCUUUGCAACUGUCACGGGGAAGAGAGACAUCACGCAAAUGAAACAAUAUAUAGCUUUACAAUUCUGCUUUCUGUCAAUUAAUAUACUAAGAUAUCCAAGUACAAUUGUCUCUUCUGUGUUCCUGCACUGAAAUAAUACAUGUUUUUUUCGCAUGAAAUAUGGGUUUGUUUUUUAAGAUACUUUGAAUGCCAUUGACUAUGGUUUAAGGUGUGACCAAAUGAAUAACUAUAGUAGAUGUUUAUUGUUCUAAUAUAUAACUUUACUGACUUAGUGAGGCUUGAACUUUACAGCCAGCCUUUACAGUUUAACAGAAUGUGUAUUUCUCUUUUGCAAUGCAUCGGCACAUAGCGUUAUGACAUCACUCAUAACUUUGACUAUAUUUACAUAUAUGUAUACUUCUGUACACUCUUUAAGGUGUGUAUAUAUAUAUAUAUAUAUAUAUAUUACUGUAUGUAGUAAAGGUAAUUCAUGUACAGUUUUGGGGUCUUUUUCUAUACAGUUUUUACCAGAUUGAAUGUGGAGUGUUGCCAGCCUUUCUGUAGUUAUCAAUGGCAAACAACUAAUUGUACAUGUGCUUGUAAUAAAACCAAAAAUUAAA